AUGCUGAGCAGCGAAGUCACCAACGAGAUGCCUGCAUCGCCCGCCACGUCGCUGUGGAGGCGUGCGCUGAUGACCACCGCCGCGGCCGUGGCACAGGACAACCACCCCCUCUACCGCACUGAGCGCGACACCUUCGGCGAGAUCAAGGUGCCCGCCGACAAGUACUGGGGCGCCCAAACCCAAAGGUCGCUGCAGAACUUCAAGAUCGGCGGUGUGCCGGACAGGAUGCCGCUGCCGGUGGUGCACGCCAUGGGAAUCGUGAAGGCCGCCGCGGCCAAGGUCAACCUCGAGUGCCACGGCCUCGACCCCAAGCUCGGCAAAGUCAUGGUUCAGGCCGCCGAAGAGGUGAUAAGUGGAAAACUGGACGAUCACUUCCCGCUGGUGGUGUGGCAGACGGGCUCGGGCACGCAGACCAACAUGAACGUGAACGAGGUCAUCUCCAACCGCGCGAUCGAGCUGCUGGGCGGCCAGCUGGGCAGCAAGACGCCCGUGCACCCCAACGACCACGUCAACAUGAGCCAGUCGUCCAACGACACCUUCCCCACGGCCAUGCACGUCGCGGCGGCCAUGCAGGUCCACAACCUGCUGCUGCCCAACCUCGCCACCCUGCGCGAUGCGCUCACCGACAAGGCCACCGAGUUCGCGCACGUGAUCAAGAUCGGCCGGACGCACCUCCAGGACGCCACGCCGCUCACCCUGGGCAACGAAUUCUCGGCCUACGCCCACCAGAUCCACAAGGGCAUCGUGCGCGUCAAGGACGCCCUCGUCAACGUCUACGAACUCGCUCAGGGAGGAACGGCUGUGGGCACGGGACUCAACACGCCGAAGGGCUUUGCCGAGCGGAUCGCCAACGAGAUCGCCGAGGCGACGGGCCUGCCGUUCGUCACCGCGCCCAACAAGUUCGAGGCGCUGGCGACCCACGACGCCAUGGUAGAGCUCCACGGCGCCCUCAACACCGUGGCCGUGUCCCUCAUGAAGAUCGCCAACGACAUCCGCCUGCUGGGCUCUGGCCCGCGCUGCGGUCUCGGCGAGCUGCUGCUGCCCGAGAACGAGCCCGGCUCGUCGAUCAUGCCGGGCAAGGUGAACCCGACGCAGUGCGAGGCGGUGACGAUGGUGUGCGCUCAGGUGAUGGGCAACCAGACCGCCGUUUCCAUCGCCGGCGCUUCGGGUAACUUCGAGCUCAACGUCUUCAAGCCGGUGAUCAUCAGGAAUGUGCUGCAUUCGAUUCGAUUGAUCGCCGAUGCGUCGCUCUCGUUCACGGAGCACUGCGUGGUGGGCAUCCAGGCCAACGAGAAGAGGAUCGGGCAGCUGCUCAACGAGUCGCUCAUGCUUGUGACGGCCCUCAACCCGCACAUCGGCUACGACAACUCGGCCAAGGCCGCCAAGAAGGCCCACAAGGAGGGCACCACCCUCAAGGAGGCCUGCCUGUCGCUGGGCUUGCUCACCUCCGAAGAAUUCGACAAGUGGGUGCGACCGGAGCACAUGCUCGGCCCCGAGUGA